AUGGAGUUCGCAUACGUAGUAACGCAGUGCUGUGCACCUUCCCCCAAACCUCGCACGAAGCGCAAACGCCGUGAACCGGCCCACGCGUCUGGGGAGCCGCCGGACGUGUCGCAGAGCCAGGACACCGCUCGCCAUGUCCAAGAGAAGCUUGUGAAGAAGAAGAAGGUUCCGAGCGGACGGAUGGCGAAGACGGCGAAGACGGCGAAGCAGUCGAGCGCAAAUACCACCCUUUCCCCUCCCGUGCGGCAGCGAACCAGCCGCGCUCGCAAGCCGGCGGGUGCUGCCCAGGAGGACGAAUCGCUACCCGCAGAGGCGUCGAGGAAACGGAGCGGACGCUCGUUGCGGGACCGCUCCGGAGAGGAAGAGAGGUCGUCUCGAGACGAAGAGGCCGUGCGGCCGACGCAAUCUCGCCAUCGUGCGCGACCCGAGCUGCCAGUGCCGCCGCCAUCAUCCCGCGCGCAGAACAAAGACAGCGAGGCAACGAGUGCUGGCCAGAGACGGAAGCGAGGAGAAGAAGGCCAGGACGAAGAUGAGGGCGAAUCCUCGAAACGGCCGAGGCGGCGGCGGCGGCAGCACGACGAAUCCCCUCCGUCACCGUCGCCACCGCCGAUGCCCUACCCCCACGUCGUCCCCCACACCCGCCGCGUCCGGCAGGCAACCAUUUCCGCCAAGUGGUCUCCCCUCUCCGGCCCAUCCCUUGCCGCCAUCUCGGCCCUCUUGCAUCUCGCCCACCGGCCAAUCCUCCAGCGGCUGUCCACCACCCACCAGCGAGAGGCCCAUGCGUCGGCCGCCCUCGGCCUCAUCGCCAACCGAAUCGCCAGCAAGGUCGACCGCGGCCUUCCCUUCCCACCCGCCUCCAUGCCCGCGCCCCUUCUUCCGGCCAUUCGCGGUCGGCCGCAGCAGCAGAAGCAACAAAGACAAGCGACGGAUGGGGGUCGUGAAUCCGAACUCGACUUCGAGGCCGUCUUGAACGCCAAGGCCCAUCUCGAGCGCCAGCUGGAACCGACCAGCCAUGCCGUCGAGGUCCUGCGGCAGGAAAAGGACAGGAUCGAGAAGGAGUUGGAACGGGACUACGAGACGCUGAGGGCUCUCGAGACGGGUGCGAGGGCCCAGGUGAGGGAGAAGAGGCGUUCCCUGAAGAAGGCACACGCGCUGGCGCCGGAGGAGGAGCCCGAGCCGAAGCCAGGCGAGGAAGACGCCAUCUUCACCUUUGACAAGGCCAUUUCCGCCGCGGCGGGUCACGUCUUCACGGAUCUCGAUGACGACGAUGACCUUUUUCCGCUUGCCCUCCAGCUCAGCGGCCACGUCGACAGCAUGCGCUCCAACCUCGGUCAGGCAGAGGGUAUCCUGCCAAAGUUGGAUCGGAGCCGUGCCGCCCUGCAGGCCGUGCUGCUUCACCACUUGGAUAGGGCGCAAUACGAAAGCGUCGUGCUCACAUGA